UAAUCAGAUAUAUGGAGUGCCCUCACAGAUUCCCUAAGACAUCAAGGGAUGUUUCCCUUCAGGAACUGAGCAAAAGGCUUGCUGAGUUUGCUGAAGUGAGAGGGUGGGAUCAAUAUCACAGUCCCAGAAAUCUCCUUCUAGCUCUUGUGGGAGAGGUGGGGGAGCUAUCUGAGAUAUUUCAGUGGAAAGGAGAAGUGGGGAAGGGAUUACCAAAUUGGAGCAGUGAUGAUAAAGAGCAUUUGGAAGAAGAGCUUUCAGACGUUUUGUUGUAUUUAGUGCGUCUUGCUGAUGUGUGUGGGCUUGAUCUUGGACAAGCCGCUCUCACAAAACUUGUCAAGAAUGCUAAGAAAUACCCAGUCACUGCCUACACAGCCACCAAACCCUCUUCCACCUGAAAUCAUUCAAAUCCCAUAUUCUUCAUCUUGUGUUUACGAGAAUUUUAGGUCUGCUAAGGCAUCAGAUUGUAUCUGAUGCAUCUUGCAGGCUUCAUCUUUUGUGUUUUAUACCAGAAGAUUGUUUAUUCUGGUUUUAGUUUUAUACUUCAGGUGUUAUAUAUUUUCUCUCAAAGCUAGGUAAACUUGAUGGGUUGAUUUUAUUAUU